AUGGCAAACAGAACCGUCCACAAACGCUCCAAGAGCUCUCGAGUCCUCAAUCUGUUGCGCAGCGACAAUCUUCCGCGAGAGACUGGCUCAGAUCCAGAGUCGCCCGUUUACACCACCACCACCACCUCCUCCACGGGUCCAUUCUCUUCUACGACUCCUACAUCGCAAUCGACGCCUCUCGACGGGCUGAGACUGACCCCCCUGUCACCGGCCACUACACGGACCUCUCAGAUAACAAUGGACCCGAGCGAACUAUCUGCCGGGACAGAUGCCUCUCAUAAAGUUUCUUCGGGUGUUUCUCCCGGCCACAGUGGCUCCAUAGAGGAUUCUGUUCGAACUUUUCGGGUAUUUGAGGUUCUCCGAAGCAAAGACACAACAGCAAUAUCAAAGGCCAUCGCCGACUCAAUACCUUCGUCCGCCACUCCGCAGCCAAUCCCAGGAACAACGAUUCUUCACCUAUCUAUACAGUGUGCCGAACCACAUGUGGUAGAGCAAGUUAUAAGAGAAGGCCGAGGUCUUGAUCUGAAUGCCCAGGACAAAGAAGGAAAUACCCCGUUACAUUUGGCCGCGCAGCUGGGGCGAGCACCGGUCGUCAGAGACUUGUUGGAGCAGCCCAGUAUAAACGAUGCCAUCUCCAACCGGCAAGGGAAGCUGCCAAUUGAUCUUGCACGUACCCCAGAGAUAUUUCAGCAACUCCAACUGGCGCGUUCCAUCUUUUUGGACGAAAAGAUCAAAGAGAUCCACACCGCAUUGGCCAAUGGAGAGUAUAAACAAGUGGAAGCCAUCUUGGUGGAGCCCCGAGUCGAAGGCACUCUCGAUGUCAAUGCCUUGGAAUUAGCAACCGAACCCGUGACUGUCCAAACUGGUGGCACACUCCUUCACGAAGCUGCGCGCAAACGCGAUUUAAAAUUGGCACAGAUUCUGUUGUUGCACGGUGCAGAUCCUUUCCGGAGAGAUCGAAAGGGCAGACUGCCACAGGAUGUGACCAAAGAUGAUCGAACUAGGGCGAUCUUGAAGAAGUCCCCUGCGGCAGCCGCUGCGCAGCGAGGAAUUCAGGAGAAGGCUAUUCUGGGGAAUCACCCUACGCAGGCAAGAUCUGGUUCUGGUGGCCCCAAUGACGCGACUAAAGACGCCCGUGAAAUCAAAGGAUAUCUCAAGAAGUGGACAAACUAUACGAGUGGAUAUAAACUUCGAUGGUUUGUGCUCGAAGAAGGUGUUCUCAGCUACUAUAAGCACCAGGAUGAUGCAGGCUCUGCCUGUCGUGGAGCCAUUAACAUGCGCAUUGCUAGACUGCACAUGGACGCGCAAGACAAAACCAGAUUUGAGAUUCACGGAAAAUCUUCCGUCAAGUAUCAUUUGAAAGCCAACCAUGUCGUGGAAGCCAAAAGGUGGUUCUGGGCACUCAACAACGCCAUUCAAUAUACAAAAGACGAGGCGAAAGAAGAGGAGAAACGGCGUACCCUCGAUACCGACACUCUCCGCCAUGCCCGGGUUGAAUCAUCAGAUCCAGUGAGUGCGACCAAUAGCAGAUCUAAACAUCCAGCACCCUCGCUUGGAGUCGCAGGAGGUUCCUCCAAAGUCAGUUUCCGAUCGGACAUAGAGGCUGGAUCCAUGUAUGAUUCCAACGAUGCCAGUGUUGUCGGCGAAGAGCUCCAACGGAUACCAACGAAUCCUGUGACCGCCACCAUCGAUGCAGACGAGGACGCAGACGGUGACGAUGCCAGCAGUCGUGAAGUCCAUCACCCCGGAAGCAAAGACGCUUUCAAUAUCACGGCACAGUCGGCUACGCUGCAACUUGACCUUCUUGCUCGAGUCUCCGAGGCACUUAUUGCCCGAGCAUCCUCUCAACCCACUACAACUUUGUCUGAUCUAGACGUAUCUCAAGCGCUUCUCACCUAUCAGACGGCGGUCAGCAGUUUGAACGGGUUGGUGACAGACUUGCUGAAGAUUUCUCGAGAUCGCGAUGCCUAUUGGCAAUACCGACUUGACAGAGAUGCAGAUGCUCGACGAAUGUGGGAAGAAAGCAUGGCAAAGAUCGCAUAUGAGCAUGAAGACCUGAAAAGAUCUAUCGCUGAGUCGGAGGAUAAGCGCAAACGGACCAAACGUGCUUUGAAGGAGGCACUUGAGGGCCAAUCACUUCCUGUCAGCCGACCUAGCUCAAUGGCGCAACAGGAUAUAGGAGACCGUGUCCAAUUUACAGAAGCCGUGGAGGACCAGUUGGCUAUCCGUCCAGAAGCUCAAAGCUCGGUAAGAGGCCGAUCACGACGAAAAUCUUUUACCAGAGAAGGCAAUAGAAGGAAAUCCAUCAUCGCGCAGUACACCAAUCUGUCAGAUUCCGAGUCUGGAGACGAUGAAGAAUUCUUCGACGCUAUUGAUGCCGGCACAGUCGAGGUUGUCGAACCACCACUUAUCAGCCCACCGCCAGUACAAAUCCUCGUUGGACAGGAAGAAGUGGAAAAGACCCUCUUUCCAUACGAUGAGAUAAGGGCCCAAAAACAAAUGGAGAUCGAACCGUCAUACGCUGGCUAUGAGGAUGGCGUUCGCGAGAAAUUGAAAAUGGACGCUGAUAACCGCCCCAAGAUCUCGCUUUGGGGUAUUCUCAAGUCGAUGAUCGGGAAAGAUAUGACGAGGAUGACGCUCCCGGUGUCGUUCAAUGAGCCAACCUCUCUCCUCCAGCGUGUCGCCGAAGACAUGGAAUACGCAGAUCUCUUAGACAUUGCCGCAGACCGUCUCGAUUCAACCGAAAGACUUGUCUAUGUCGCCGCCUUUGCGGCCUCUGAAUAUGCAAGCACAAUAGGUCGAGUUGCGAAACCAUUCAAUCCACUUCUGGGUGAAACUUACGAAUAUGUUCGUCCGGAUAAAGGCUACCGUUUCUUUAUUGAGCAAGUCAGCCAUCAUCCUCCGAUUGGCGCGGCCUACGCCGAAUCUGCUCGCUGGGAUUAUUGGGGCGAAUCGGCUGUGAAGUCCAAAUUCUAUGGCAAAUCAUUUGAUAUCAAUCCACUGGGGACAUGGUUUUUGCGCCUCCGCCAUUCUGACGGGAGUCCACCAGAGUUGUACACAUGGAAGAAAGUCACGAGUUCCGUCGUGGGUAUCAUUACGGGAAACCCUACGGUUGACAACUACGGGCCGAUGCAAAUCAAGAAUUGGACGACCGGUGAAGUCUGCGUAUUGGAUUUCAAACAGCGAGGAUGGAAAGCCAGUUCUGCCUAUCAGGUCUUUGGCAAGGUCAUGGGUGUUGAUGGUGUCACGAAAUGGAGCAUUGGAGGACGAUGGAACGACAAAAUCUACGCGCGUGUCACCGAGGGGUUUGAGGAUGAGGCCGUGGGAGAAGGCGAAUUCUCCUACGCGAAACCCGGAAGUCAAUCCGGUCACCAAGCGUUCUUGGUCUGGGAGGCCCAUCAUCGCCCACAAGGAAUUCCAUUCAAUCUCACCCCAUUUGUUGUGACACUGAAUGCCAUCCCUGACUCUUUGCGGCAUCAUCUUCCCCCUACAGAUACUCGAUUGCGACCGGACCAACGGGCUAUGGAGGACGGCGAGUAUGAUUUCGCUGCGAGAGAGAAGAACCGUGUCGAAGAGAAGCAGCGUGCAGCUCGACGGAAACGCGAAGCUGCGGGCGAAGAGUGGCGGCCCAAGUGGUUCGAGAAGAAGACUGAUCCCAUUACAGGCGAGAGUUAUUGGGAAUAUAAUGGCUUGUACUGGAAGAAACGAAUGGAAAGGGAAUGGAGCACAUGUGAUGACAUCUUCUAG